AUGAUGCGUCAACCACCUCCGCCUCCACCACCACCACCACCCCCACUUUCUUCUUCAAAUUCAUCAGGACCAACAAAACCACAUCUUUCACGAAAUUCAACACGUUUACUGAAUGAAUCAAUCAAAUCUAGAAAGACUAGUACUAAUGGAAGUAGUAGUAUUAAUAAUAAGAGUACUAGUAAUGGCUACUGGUGGGAUGUUGCUCAUGUAACAAGUCGUCAACAUGAACAAGAACAAAGUACUAAUAAAGAACGUCGACUUACUUUCCGUCGUAUUGUUAAACUAGCAGUGUACUUUCUCUUCUUUUGUAUUGUUCUUGCAUCAGCUGUAGUUAGUAAACUCAGUUUAUUUACUAUGAUUAAUGCAUACAAAACUGCUGAACAACCAAAAGAAUAUAUUGUUCGAUGGCAAGUACUUUUACUUAUAGCUAUGUGUGUACCAUAUGUAUUAACAUUUCUGCAAAGUCUUCAACUGUCGAUUUUUUUUAUUAAACGUUCUCCACCAUUUUUUCUGGCUAUAUGGGUUCAUAUUGUUGAAGCAUGCCAUACAGCUGGUCUUUCGCUGCUUGUCUUUCGUAUUUUACCUUCGAUAGAUAAUGCAUCUGGAUUAUUUAUAUUAAAUGGUGUAUGUAUAGUACCGGCUAUAUUAAAUUUAUUUUCAUCACAUCGUGGUCUUAAUCAAACAAUGAAAAUUUUAACACUUGUAGCCGAUAUUGGAGCUGUUAUCAUGCAAUUAUGUGUUUGUUUCAUUCCAUAUAUACUCUCAGUAAAAGAAAAUACAGCAAGUGGAUUAAGUUGGCAAUUACCAUUAGCACUUUUACUUAUCUCGCUUGGUUAUUGGGAAAGUUUUAUUGAAACACCUCUAUCAAAAAAACGUUUUUUUAAAUGGUUUCAAAAUGGUAUUCGUGCAUUAAAAAAAACUCGUCCAAAAGUUUACGUUACAGCAAGUCUUUUGAAAAUCUUCGUCUUAAUAUCAACAGCUAUGUAUUUCUUACCAGAAGCAAUUGAUAGAAAAAUGUACUUACGUAUAUUUGAACGUAUACCUAUUGGUUAUACACAUUCAACUGUUAGUCGAGUAGUUGGCGGAGGUAUAUUUGAUGAACAUGAAGAUCUUUUUCGAAUAACAUAUGAAGCUUAUAUUCCAUUAAUUGUACAAGUAUUUUCGUCAUGUAUUUGUUAUUAUACUGGUCGUGUUGCGUGUAAAGUAUUAAUGCAAAGUUUUGGUUUUUCAUUACCAUUAACAUUAUCUACAUUAGUUACUUAUAUCGUAUUAUUUUUUACACAAUUUAAAAGUAAAACAGACUUUAUUGCUCUUGGUCAUCUUUUUUAUCUUGAUAAACCACAAGCACUUGGUUCAAAACUUGUAAUUGUAUCUUUAAUUGGCUUUUUACUUCUAUGGUUAUCAAAAAUGAAAAUAACAAGUCAUGUUUGGUUUCCAACAUCCGAACGUUUAGCAGUGAUACACAGAUUAUUUGUUCUUCCAUAUUAUGAAUCAGCUAUUGUUGAACAAAAUUUAUUACUUAAUAAACGACAAAAAGAUGAUAUUGAAAUGAAAGAUCAAGUUGAACCGGAUUUAACACUUGAAAGAAAAUUUCCUGUACCAAUGAUUUAUGUAUGUGCAACAAUGUGGCAUGAAACUACAAAUGAAAUGGUUCAAUUACUUAAAUCAAUAUUUCGUCUUGAUUCUGAUCAACAUGCUCGUCGUACAGUACAAAAAAAUUUACGUGUACUUGAUCCAGAUUAUUAUCGAUUUGAAACACAUGUUCUGUUUGAUGAUGCAUUUGAAGAAGAUGAACAUGGUAAUCGUAUACCAAAUCGUUAUGUUCGACAAUUAGUUACGGCUGUUAAUGUUGCUGGAGAGUAUGUACAUGGUGUAGAAAAAGUUGUUGAAGAUCCAAUUAAAAUUCCAACACCAUAUGGUGGACGUCUUGUCUGGUUAUUACCAGGAAAAAAUCGUUUGAUUGUUCAUAUGAAAGAUAAAUAUCAUAUACGACAUAAAAAACGUUGGAGUCAAGUCAUGUAUAUGUAUUAUUUACUUUCAUUUAAACUAUUACGUCGACGACAAAAUGUACAUAAUGUAUCACAACAUACAACUCGAUUAGAUGCAGAAUUUAUUGGAUUUAGUGACUUUUUGAAAGGUCUACCAGAUGAUAGAAAGAUUGCUGCUCAAAAUACAUUCGUUUUAGCUCUUGAUGGUGACGUAGAUUUUAAACCUGAAGCUAUUCUGUUAUUAGUUGAUCGAAUGCGUAAAAAUCCAAAAGUUGCAGCAGCUUGUGGUCGAAUUCAUCCGACAGGCGAUGGACCUAUUGUAUGGUAUCAACAAUUUGAAUAUGCAGUUGGUCAUUGGCUUCAAAAAGCUGCUGAACAUAAAUUAGGUAGUGUUCUAUGUUGUCCUGGUUGUUUUUCAUUAUUUCGUGGUUCAUCAUUAAUGGAUGAUAAUGUUAUGCGACGUUAUGCAGAUAAAUCAACUGAAGCAGCACAUUACGUACAAUAUGAUCAAGGUGAGGAUCGUUGGUUAACUACACUUCUUCUUCAACAAGGUUAUCGUGUUGAAUAUUGUGCUGCAUCUGAUGCUUUUACUCAUGCACCAGAAACAUUUAAAGAAUUUUUUAAUCAACGUCGUCGUUGGAUGCCUUCCACAAUGGCAAAUAUUAUGGAUUUACUUAAGGAUACAAAACAUACAACACAUGUCAAUGAAAAUAUUUCGAAACUCUAUAUGUUUUAUCAAGCGGUUUUAUUCGUAUCAACAAUUUUAGGUCCAGGAACAAUUUUAUUAACUAUAGCUUCAGCAUUACGUACAGUUUUCUCAACAUUAACUAUAGCUGAAUCAUAUACAAUAUCAAUUUUACCAGCAAUUUUUUAUAUACUUGUAUGUCUUAAAACAAAAUCAGAUACACAAAUUGCUAUUGGUGCUAUAAUGACAGCUAUUUAUGCUUUGGUUAUGUCUAUGGUACUUGUCGCAACAGUUGCCCAAAUUCUUAAAUCCGGUCUUUUAGAUCCAAGUGCUGUAUUUUUACCGAUUGUUGCUACAAUUUUUAUUAUAACUGGUAUACUGCAUCCGAACGAAAUGCUUAAUUUACUUCAUGGUUUUCUUUAUCUUGUAACAAUUCCUGGUGGUUAUCUUCUUCUUGUUACUUAUGCUUUAUGUAAUUUACAUGUUGUAUCAUGGGGCACACGAGAAACAGUUGAAGUUGCUAAAAAGAAAAAAUUAAAACCAGGCGAAAAAGAAAUUAUUUUACCAGAUCCAAAAAAACGUCGAACAACAGAUGUUUUUAAUAAUAUGCUUUGGGGUAGUAGUAAUGAUGGAGGACAUCGUGGUUUUAUUCAUCAAAUGGGUGAUGCAAUCGAACAAGUUUUUCGACCAACAGCGAAAAAACAAGAAUUACUUUUACAACAAAUCAUUACGAAACUUGAUCGAGAUAAUACAAAUCCUGACAGAGAAAAAAUGCAUGAGAUCAAUUUACGAGAAGCCAAUAGUACUGAUUUACUUAUUGUACCAGGUGAUAAUGAUAUACAUGAUACUAGUUCAUCUAAUACAACUUCAGUAACAACAUCAAUAUGUAAUAAAUCUCGAAAUAAUAUGGUUAAUCCAUAUUGGUCCGAAUUAUCAUGGCUUGGUCCUGAAUCUGUUGUCGGUUAUCUUCAUACAGAUGAAAUAACAUUUUGGCAACAAAUUUUAGCUAAAUAUUUAGCACCACUUGAUAAAGAUGCUGAAGAAGAACGUCGUAUAUCACAUGAUUUAAUUGGUUUAAGAAAUAAUGCUGGUUUUGCAUUUUUUAUGAUCAAUGCUAUUUGGAUAAUAUUACAAUUUCAAUGUGAAUAUGUUUCAACAAAAUUUACUGAACUUAUGGUUGAUAUUGGUCGACCAUUUGGACGAGAAGGAACAAAAGUACAAUUAUUAGGUCUAUUAUUUAUGUUAUUUUUUGCAACAUGUAUGAUUAUACAAUUUGUUACAAUGAUAUUACAUCGAUGGGGAACAUUUGUUGAAAUUUUAGCUAGUACAAAAUUAUUUGAAAAACAUCGAAAAUAUAAAUUAAAACCCGGUUCAGAUAUAGCUGGAAUGACAAGUCAAGAAGUCGCUGAAGUUUUAAGAGAAUUAGAUAUUCAAUUAGUUGUACCACCUGUUACAACAACAGCACCACCAAAACAACAAAGUGUAACAUUUCAAAUGGAACCUGUUAUGAAACCAAUAAAUGAAAUUCAUAGUCCUGAUUAUGAUGAAGAUGAUGAUGAUGAUAUAGAUGAUUUUGAAGAUGUAUAUAUCGAACCACCAGUUGAUUAUUUUGAUCAUCCCGUUGUUCAAGAUGCUGAUGAUAGUCGUCUUCGUCUUAUGUGA